GCGUGGCGGACGACGAAGACAGGAAGCAAAUCUGAAGCACUGUAGUGAGAGUCUUUUUACUACCUCUCCCGUGUAAGCUCGUUUCUAGAUCAACAAGAAUCGCGCAUAACUUUUUUCCUUGCUGGUACGUUCAGGAGGCUCACCUCCACCCAGCACGACGUACUACAUCAAUUCCAUUCCAUGAAGUCUACCACUGGCUAGCGUGCCAGCCUCUAGACUAUGCAACGCGCUGUGCCCUCGGACAAGAAGACAGCAGCCGCAACGUGAAAAAAUCUACGCAAGAAUAUAACUGAACCAAAGGUCGAUGGGCUUAUAAUCGGGGGUCCAGCCUGAGGCGAAACACUACAAACAAAUGUCCUCGUCUGUGUCAUCCUUUGCCACCCGUAUCGCCUUGCGGCUGUACGUUUAAGGCUAUACUUACCACCAUCACUGCUUCUAUGCGUUAUGUAUGUACUUGUUGUGGGACGACCAGGACCAUCGAUAUCGAGCUCCACUAUUAUAAUUUAUAGUGUAGUACUACUUUACGCAGGUCACCCAUCAUCCUCAGAGACGAGCAGGUGCCGGCGGGGCUCGUUGUGCAGGAUCCAUAACCUAACCUAACCACCAUCCAGCAUGAUGGUUCAGCACUUGCUCUAAUCUCAGAAAGUCGUCGGCUUGAUCCUGGGCGCUGUUGGUCUCUCCCUCGUCCUGCAAGCCACAGGGGUCCUGUUUUCUUCUCACAGCAAGGUAUGCAAAACUGGUAACUGCAAGAUUGAAGUACUUACGUAAUUGCGAAGUACCUACACGACUACUGUAGAGGACAGCGAUACUCCCCUUGACUGAGGGGGCCUGCAGCGAAAAACAUAAAAAUAUUGCCGACAGCUGCAUUGGUGUCGCUAUUUCGUAUUAUUCAAUCUCCAUGUCACGGAAAUCUAACAGUUGUUGUAGGGGGCGCAGCAUCCAUAUAUCAGAUAUUAGUUUUCAACGCAUGAUCAAUAUCCUGUUCUAAUCAGGAUUUCCGUCCUGCUGAUGUUAUUUUCGAGCUUGGUCUUGCUCGCAGGAGAGUGCGCAGUGGUAUUUCACCUACCGCCGCUUGCGUUUUUGGCGCCUAAAAGUUUAGUGUGGCUGGAGCAAAAUAUCACCACGAAACUCGGCCGAACACUUGUUAUGGCUCCUUGAUUCAUCUCCUUCUGCAUCUUUUUUAAAAGAGGCAACACUAACAAUGAAUGGCUCCGGUAUUCGGUAGCCUAUUUCUUGGACUCAAACGAGGACACACUUUUGAUGUAAAGUUAAAGCUUCCUGGACUCAAACGAGGAGAUGGCUCCUUAAGCUUAAUUCAUCUCCGUCUUUAUUAAAUGGCUCACCAAUUAAAUUAUUGACUAGUAUAGUCCAAGUUAUGGCUCCUUAAUUCAUCUCCGUCUGUGAGGUUCCUGGACUCAGCGAAAAUUCAAAUUUCGGGGAUCCUCGUAUGUACUACAUCCUAAAAGGAAAUGAGUUUUUGAUCUCUUGAUCCUCGUGAGCUCUAAGGCAAUGUACGGAGUCCUCGGCUUUGCUGGUGUGUUUUGCAACGUCUUCCAUUUAUGGGCAUUCUUUGGAUGUUGAAUAAAUUGGCCUCGUCUUAUAGGCGACGAAAGAGGUGGGAGCGCAGCUCGUCAGGAGCAAUACUAGACAGAAGCCAUUUUUUUGGAAUUUUGCUCUUCCCAAGACCAGUCAAAGGGCCGGGCCUGAAACUGAAACUGAAACUGAAUAGCGCACAUCACAUGCAUGAAUGGGGAUUUCUAACCUGACACUUUCACGCAUUCUAUGUUGGCUGGAGCUGCGCGCUGACCACGUUGGCCGGCGCCAUCUACGUUCUCGAGCAUGAGGAAGUAGCACCCUCCGAGGAGGAGAAAAGUGCUAUUCUAUUAAGGCCUCACAUCAUGAGGAUUGAGUAAUUCGAAGGUGUCCUCUGCUAGAAGCCUGAACGAGAUCCGCUGUAAAAAAUAGCACGAGUCUUUACAAGAGGAACUGGAUGACGUCUCGGUCCCCCAUCAUAGUGAUGUCGUCCAGUAGAGGGGUGAUGAUUAUGUUCUUCAGGAAAUGCAGCGGGGUCAUGUCUUAUCGGAGGGGCUCUAGUAUCACGCUAGUUCUAAGCUUGCCCUCAGCACAGGAGAAAGGAAACGAUGGAAACUACGAUGGACCCAUUGAAGAAGCUCACAGCAGACAAGAAGCAGUGUAGCAAAGUGCAGAUGUUGAAUACGAGAACUGGUAGUCAGUGCUGGCGCCGCAGUUUAAGUAUUUACAUCGGUGCUACAACUCGAGGUCGAUUAACUGUCACUCGGUGGAAAAGUGCCGACAAGUAGUUACAUCGUUGAAGUUGUAGGAGUCGGAGGUCGUUGCGUGCGUGUGUGCCGAGCAGCGACGCACAAGCAGAGGCAAGUUGGGGAAGAUCUCAAUGCAUGUGAUGGCUAGCACACAUUAGCAUCACAGAGCACCAGAGGAAAGCGGGCACAAGGAUAUGACGCUCGACUUCUUGUGAUAAUUCGUGUACAGUUUGCAUUCAGACCGUAACCAGGGAGUUAGAUAUGGUUAUGAUCAGCAUGAGAAUCUUUAUUUUUUCCAGAAAGUCCGCAGCAGUAGCCCGCUCUUCUAGUGUUGUUGUACUGUUAUUUGCAUCAUCAUUUUUUCAGUCGCGUCAUUACAACUCGUCAGUAUUUCUUUGUUUGUUCUCAUAUUUUUCAUACACAGUGUCAGAAACAGGAUGCCAAUAUGAUGCCUGAAGGCAAGGCAAGUGUCAGAAUCAGCAAGGCAAGGCAACAUCCGCGUGUGAUGAGAAUGACAUCCGCUCUGGUUUCAAAUUAUCCUCCUUUUUUCGAUCAAUCUCGAAGAACCAAACAAUUACUCAAUUGCGAUCUUCAAGCUCAGUGCUCACAAUAGUCCGCCAUCUACCUGUCA